AUGGUCAACUUGAGCUGGUAUUGGCAGGGUCAGGGCAACAUAAGUAAGAGCAUCGGGCCCCCAAGCCAAACCUACACCAAGAGCGUUCUUCGCGAGCAGUCCAUGACCUUCCGAAUGCUGGCAUUGCAAUCGGGCCUAAAGAGUGCAGCUUCCGACCAUGUCAGCACCUCAGGCUCAGGCAUCCUCCGCUUUCUCUCUCGCAUCCUUCCCGCCAACACCACUCGCCGCUGUUCAGCUUGCUGCACCGAGAUGUCUUCGCUUGACGCAACCAUCCACCCGGUUUUGAACUUCGAGGACAAGAAGAUUGUCCUUCCCGACCUCGUCUCCCACUGCAACUUCAAGCUUCGCGUCAGUCGACACCGAAAACGAAUUACUGGCGAGACCAAACGCUGGUUGUUCAAGGGCGACAAUCUUGUCGGCCCUGCGCGAAACAAGUACCAUGGAUUGAAAGCUGGCCUCCUCACCGCCAUGACUUACCCUGAUGCUGCAUACCCCCAAUUGCGUCUUUGCAACGACUUCCUCACAUAUCUGUUCCAUAUUGACAACCUCUCGGACGAUAUGGACAACCGAGGGACGUGGAGCACUGCGAAUGAAGUUCUUAACAGCCUCUAUCAUCCCUACACCUAUCAUGGCCAAGCGCGAGUUGGGAGGAUGACCAGAGAUUACUGGAGGCGGAUGAUUCUUACCGCCUCACCCGGCUCUCAACAACGUUUCAUCGAGACGUUUGACUUUUUCUUCCAAAGUGUCACACAACAAGCGAUUGAUCGCUUGACCGGAGAGAUACCUGACCUGGAGUCCUACAUCGCCCUUCGAAGGGAUACCUCUGGAUGCAAGCCAUGCUGGGCCUUGAUAGAAUACGCCAACAAUCUUGAUCUUCCGGACGAGGUCAUGGACCACCCUGUUGUCCGUAGUCUUGGAGAGGCCGCCAAUGAUCUUGUGACGUGGUCCAACGAUAUCUUUUCCUUCAAUGUCGAACAGUCCAAAGGCGAUACGCAUAACAUGAUCCCUGUGGUGAUGCAUCAAGAAGGCUUGGAUCUUCAGUCAGCUGUCGACUUUGUUGGCGAAAUGUUAGACCACACUAGCACUUGUUGUGGGCUGGAAUCUCCCUUGUGGUUGACACCACCACUGCGCAUUAGACGCAACGCCCCCAGGCUAUACCGGGUAUUCCUCUAG